AUGGCAACCUCAAAACUCCCCGUCGAGACCCUGCCCACAUGGGCCAUGUUCAACGACGUCGACCUCGUCGACGUCGAGGCGCGCGAGAUCCCCGGCUGCGGGCUCGGGCUGCUCGUGAACAAGGAGCUCAGCCGCGAGGAGGAGACGUUCGACAUCCCGACGCUGCUCAGGAUACCGCACGAGCUGGUGCUCUCCGCCGAGGCCGUCGAGAGCUACGCCAAGGUGGACAAGAACUUCCGCCAGCUGCUUGAUGCGUGCGGGCACAAGAUGGUGCUGUCGGAUAGGCCCAAGACGACUAUGAAGGGUGGCGUGUCGACGCCGUGGACCGAGUAUGUCAAGUUUCUACCGCCGCAGGUGCCCGUUACGACGCUCUGGACUGAGCAGGAACGUGAAAUGCUGGUUGGAACAUCACUUGAGUCGGCCACCGCUGCCAAGAUCGUUACUCUGACCGACGAAUUCGAUGAGCUCCGCGAAACCUCAGAAGCCCUUCCCUUCUGGAACGAACUCUUCUGGGAAUCCGACAAGGUAUCCCUCAUCGACUGGGCCCGUGUCGACGCCUGGUUCCGCUCCCGUUGCCUGGAGCUUCCCAAGUCAGGCGAGGCCAUGGUCCCGGUGCUGGACCUGGCGAACCACUCAGCCCAGGCCAACGCGUAUUACGAAGAAAACAGCAAGGACGAGGUGGUGCUGCUCCUGCGACCGGGAUGCAGGGUCUUGUCUGGGGAUGAGAUGACAAUCUCGUACGGUGACGCAAAAUCCGGGGCAGAGAUGCUCUUCAGCUAUGGGUUCAUCGACCCCGCGUCUGCCGCCGACCGCAUCACGCUGCCCCUGGCGCCUCUCGAAGACGACCCGCUGGGCAAGGCGAAGCUGCACAUCUUUGGCGGCGCCCCGAGUGUGGAGUUUGACCGGACGAAUGGGACGCUCAGCUGGAAGAGCCCUUUCGCCUACUUCCUGUGUCUGAACGAGGAAGACGGCCUUGACUUUCGCGUGCUGCAGGACACCGGGGGAUCACGGGAGCUAAAAGUCUUUUGGCAGGAGGAGGACGUGACCGACACGACGAGGUCUUUCGAACAGCACAUUGACGGUCAUCCCCUCGCUCAGAUCUUUCGUCUGAGAGUGGUUACCGUCUUGCAGGAUCUCGUCGCCGGCCAGCUGGAACGGCUGGCCACGGGCAUGUCCCUAGACGACCUUGACGCAUCGCUCAGUGAAGGAGGUCUCAUUUGCGGGGCGUGCAUCACCGCCGCUGCCACGUUAAGGGAGCAAGAGACCAGCCUGCUGGAAGCCGCUAUGAAGACUUUGGAAGACCAGAAAACACAACUUCUCGCAGACGAAAACGUGGUGGCUUAUCUCGGAUCGAUGGAAGUUGCCCAAAACGAACUAGUGGAGGCGGAGGCGUCCAAUGACGAGGAGGACUUCAGUUGA